CUCCCUCCUCUGCCUCCCAAAGUGCCGAGAUUACAGGCGUGAGCCACCUUGCCUGUCCUGGGAACUGGUUUUUAAUCAGCUCAUCAAAACCUUCAUCUCACUUGCUAACAAAGGGAGCCGCUUCCUUCCUCUCUGCACAUACCCCAUGUCUCACCAUGAUAAUGGAGUUACAGUGGGACUUGGAAUCCAGAUGUGUGAAAGAUGGAGGGGUUGAAGGUGCAUAGAGGGGUGAUGGGCAAAGGGGUCCAGGGGGUGAUAACCCCAGGUAUUCUUGGCCUUGGCCUUCCCCACCUCUCUGGGACUGGGCCAGUUUGAGCAUCUCAGCUGCCUCUUCUGCCCGCCCACUCGUUAGCCGCACUCAGCUUCCUGCCCCACCAGAGGAAGUGGGGAGAGACGGCAGGUGCAGUGAUGGCUGGCGGAGUCAUGGACAAGGAGUACGUGGGUUUUGCUGCCCUCCCCAACCAGCUGCACCGCAAGUCUGUCAAGAAGGGGUUUGACUUCACACUAAUGGUGGCAGGGGAGUCAGGCCUAGGGAAAUCCACCCUCAUCAACAGCCUCUUCCUCACCAACCUCUAUGAGGAUCGCCAGGUGCCAGAGGCCAGUGCUCGCUUGACACAGACCCUGGCCAUUGAGCGCCGGGGUGUGGAGAUCGAGGAAGGAGGUGUGAAAGUGAAGCUAACCCUUGUGGACACGCCUGGCUUUGGGGACUCAGUGGACUGCUCUGACUGCUGGCUUCCCGUGGUGAAAUUCAUCGAGGAGCAGUUUGAGCAGUACCUUAGGGAUGAGAGUGGCCUGAACCGGAAGAACAUCCAGGACUCCCGCGUCCAUUGCUGCCUCUACUUCAUCUCACCCUUUGGCCGGGGGCUCCGGCCCCUAGAUGUGGCCUUCCUUCGGGCGGUACACGAGAAAGUCAACAUCAUCCCAGUCAUUGGCAAAGCGGAUGCCCUGAUGCCCCAGGAAACCCAGGCCCUCAAGCAGAAGAUCCGGGAUCAGUUGAAGGAGGAGGAGAUCCACAUCUACCAGUUCCCUGAAUGUGACUCUGACGAAGAUGAAGACUUCAAGAGGCAGGAUGCAGAGAUGAAGGAAAGCAUCCCUUUUGCAGUCGUGGGUUCAUGCGAGGUGGUGAGGGAUGGCGGGAAGCGACCGGUGAGGGGACGCCGCUACUCCUGGGGGACCGUGGAGGUGGAGAACCCACAUCACUGCGAUUUCCUGAACCUGCGACGGAUGCUGGUGCAGACACACCUGCAGGACCUGAAAGAGGUGACGCACGAUCUGCUCUACGAGGGCUACCGGGCCCGCUGCCUACAGAGCCUGGCCCGGCCUGGGGCUCGCGAUCGAGCCAGCCGCAGUAAGCUUUCCCGCCAAAGCGCCACGGAGAUCCCGCUGCCCAUGCUGCCUCUGGCGGACACCGAGAAGCUGAUCCGCGAGAAAGACGAAGAGCUGCGCCGCAUGCAAGAGAUGCUAGAGAAGAUGCAGGCCCAGAUGCAGCAGAGCCAGGCCCAGGGCGAGCAGUCAGACACCCUUUGAGGCCACGCCCCUCCCGGCCUUACCUCGGCUCCGCCUUCAGUCGGCCUCUUGUCCAAUCCCCGCGCCCCACACUGCCCAGCGCCCCCUGGAACCCCGUGGGUGCCGCCCUCGCGCGGGCUAGGGGGAGGUUCUACCAGCCCGGGCCCGUAGCCCCGCCCCGGCGCUGGUCCCGCCCACCCAGACACCGCCCACUUCCCGGCCGGAGCCUCCGGCCCAGUCUCCGACCGCCCCACUGUCUUCCGGGGUGCCCCCCUCUUCUCCCAGACUGUCUUCAAUAAAAACUGAGCUUCCCGCGGCCA